AUGGUAUAUAAAGAGUUGCUGCAAUACCUGAAAAGCGAGAAGGAAGCAGUGCGCGAUGAGGCGGCGAAGAUACUGCUGGGUUUGUCGAGCGACCCUGCGGAGCUUGGACCUGACUUCAAGGAGUUAGCGAGCGAAUACCUUUGGGCGUUGUGGAGGCUGGCCCAGCGGGCGCCUGGGGCUGGGAGCGAAGAGGCUCUGUCCGCAUUGGUAAACUUCAGCGAGCACUUUGACGCGGAACUGGCCCAAGCUUCCUUUUUAGCUACGUUGUGUGAGGAGCUGGGUGAGCGGCACGUCACAGGUCCUGCAGAGGUUGAGAAACUGCUUUUUAUGCUGUUAGCAAACAUAACACGGAACGAAAAAGCUGUGGAGUAUUUGCUACAGCAAGAAGUGUUCCUGUGGCGGAUUUUCGGCUACUUUGCGGAUUCUGGACGCCCCACGGCGACAGUGAUCAGUCGCGAAGCCGGAGACUAUGUGGGAAGCAUCUUGGUUAAUUUGACGGCUACCAAGGAAGGUCGCCAAUGGUUCUCGAAAAUUGACGCCUCCUUCUGGGAAGUGCUAACGAACCAGUGUCGGUCGCCCGCGCGGGCCGUACUCAUUUUGUCCGUAGUCAAGAACCUCUGCUGCGACAAUGUACUAAUCGAGGAACGGACCGUAGACGUGCGCGCCGUCCUUAUCAUGGUUAGCAGAAUGGUCUACCCCCCCGACAACGACCAGGUUAUAGACCAGGCACCAGCGGGCCUGGUAGGCACCCAACAAUCCUCUAACUUGUCCAGAGAAGUAAACAUACUCAUCCAAGCCGGCGCCUUUGGGCUCAUACCGGACGUUGCCUGCCGCAAACUCGCAGUCGAAUGCUUCACAGGCCUCUUCAGGGUCGACUAUGCCCGCGAAAUCGCGCGCUCCCUUAAUCUCUACGAAGUGCUCCGGGUCUGGCACACACUGGAACUGAAUAAUGACAUCAUGACCGCUAUCGAAGAUAUUGUACAUCUGGUCCACUACUCUGAGGAGGAACUUACACAGCAUAAUGGCACUCACUAG